AUUCCAUAUAAUAUGAGGCUAGCGAAUCGCGUGUAGCGUACAGCUAGAGUUCAAUAUUGCAUUUAUUAUAAAAUUUAAUGUGUAACGAUUUUUAGAUUCGUUGAUUUUUGUAAGCUAUGAUAUAAAUUAUUGCCUAGUAUGAUAUUAAUAUAUCGUCUAACAAUACUUAGCUUUUGAUUUCAACAGCAGAGUUAUGCGUUAAUCAUUAAUUGUUUGUGCUCAGUUAUUAGAGUGGCAUAUGUAUUAGGUAACUAAAAUAAUUGUUGUCGCAUGAAAUACUACCGAUAAAAUGCAUUUACUGUUGUUAGAAAAACCAUGUUUGGAUUUUCAAGUCGCAAUUCAAAAUAAAGGAAGCUAGAAUGUCAAUACUGAAUAAAUGCCAAAAUCUCUCAUUUUUUUUUCUGUUAAAAUAAUUAAUAAGAAUUAUUUUUAUAACAAUUUUAAAAAUACUAUUAAUUUAAAAUGUUUUGCUGGCCAUAUUUGAAAAGAAAUAUAAUUUUUCGUAUUAUAUUUUUACUACUUAUUUCUAUAGUAAUUGUGUAUAAUUUAAAUUUUCUAAGUAGUAUUGACCAAUUCUUAAAUUCAUCUCAAAAACAUUUAAUUUCUUGUUACUUUGAAGAAAAACAAGAUAAUUCUUUACUUGAAUUAAAUCCUGAAGAAGUAACAAAGAAUAGUAUAUUUUUUGUUGAAACAUCAUGUAACCAUAAAAAAGGAAUUAAUUUGAGUCUGAGACAAGGCUGUGCUAUAGAAUCUGCAGCAAAUUUAAAUCCUAAUUUAAAUAUAUUUGUUUUAUUUGUUGCUCCUAGUUUCAUAAGCGAUGAAUCUGAAAUUAUUAAUAGAUUUAAAAUGUAUUCAAAUGUUAAUUUAAGAUACAUCAAUUUUGUAAAAUAUUCUCAUAAUACUCCAUUACAAGACUUUGUGGCCUCAAACACCAUAUCCACAAGUCAAUGGCCAGUUUCUCAUGCAAGUGACUUGUUGAGAUUCUUAACAUUGUGGAAAUUUGGAGGGACUUAUUUGGACCUAGAUGUAGUUCUAAUGAAAUCUUUGGAGGGCCUAUCAAAUUUUGCAAGUAUUGAAUCAAACACUUCAGUUGCCUCACUUGUAUUGAACUUUGAUGUUGAUAAAAUUGGAAGAACAGUUUCAAAUACUUCAAUCAAUGAUUUUGCUUCUAAUUAUUAUGCAAAUGAUUGGGGGUAUAAUGGUCCUGGUGUUAUUACCAGAACACUUGAAAAAAUAUGUAAUACAAAUCUGGUAACUGAUAUGAAUAAGCAAAAGUGUAAAGGAUUUAUGGUUUUUGGGACAGAAGCAUUUUGUCCAAUAAGUUGGACCGAUUGGAGGCUAUACUUUAAUACAAACACUAGCGAUGAAGUAAUGGUUAAACUUAAGGAUAGUAUUGGUAUUCAUGUAUGGAAUUUACAUAGUAAACACACACCUAUUAAUAUAGGUUCAAAACAGCCAUAUGGUUUAGUUGCAGAAAAAUAUUGUCCAAUUAUUUUUUCUAUGGCAAAGUCUGUAUUUUAAUUAAUUUUAAGUAGUAACUAAACAAAAGGAAACCCAGAAUUGUCAAAUUUUUUUCUAUAGCUAACUUUGUAUUAUAAUUAAUUUUAAGCAGAAAUUGAACAAAACAAAACCCAGAUAUGUUUUAUCUUGGAAAAGGCUGUAUUUACUAUAUUAACUACACUAUAUUCAACUUAAGAGUACAGAUACACUUAUUACAUAAGUAAUAAUGACACCGUACACGUCGGCGUAGUUGGUAAAUGAUAAUACGUACAAUCGUUUCUGAAUGAUUAAUCAUAGUGAUCCGCCAACAUAUGGAAGUCAGUAGCAUAUAUGCAAACCAGUGUACUCUUAGCUUGAAUAGAGUAUAGUGUGAAGCAUUAAUUGAACAAAAAUGAAUCCAUAAUAUCUUAAUUUUAAUUUUUAUACUAGGCCAUUAAGACUUAAUGAACGAAAGUUCACAUAAACAUGAAAACAUUGUUUUUCAUUUUAAUGUUGUUAUAGCUAUCUAUAUAAAUUGAAAAUUGAGUGCAAUGUCUUGAUUCGGUAAAUAAAAAAUAUAUAUUUUAUA